UGUGCCUGGCAUGAUUUUCUUUUCUUCUUUUUUAAAAGCAGUCCACAGUUUUAUUCAGCAAUACAACGGAAGAGAACCUCCAUCAUGUUCGACAUAGGCAGAUACAGGACCUCCAGGGUACAUUCUUCCUACAGACUUAGCAGGUGGCUUUAGAUUUCGUUAUGUGGCAGGCAUGCUUGUGCACACCAACAGCCCCUCAUCCCCCUUUCCUCCUGAGAGAGCUCAUUCUGUUAGAAGAGGCAGUGCCCCACAGGCAAUGCCCACCUCAUCCUCUGCCCAGCUUUCCUAGGCUUUCUUGUAAACCAGUACCUCCUAAUGAGAUCUAAGAAGAAAUCGUCUGAGGACUUUUGGAAAAGAUUUUACUCAAAUAAAAGAAACAGUUGAAAGGAGAAAGCCUUUUGCUCCCUGCUUCCAGCCUUUGGUUGGGAAUGAAACGUCUGGCACGAAACAAACCAUAUUGUAUAUCUGAGGGAACCAUGAGGACAAAAAGACAACAAGAUGGCUGAGAGCUAGCAAGGAAAACUCAGGACCAUGAUGGCUCAGUUUCCCACAGCUAUGAAUGGAGGGCCAAACAUGUGGGCUAUUACCUCUGAAGAACGGACUAAGCAUGACAAGCAGUUUGAUGGCCUCAAACCUUCAGGAGGCCACAUAACAGGUGAUCAAGCCCGUACUUUUUUCUUACAGUCUGGACUGCCGGCUCCUGUUUUAGCUGAAAUAUGGGCUUUGUCAGACCUGAACAAGGAUGGGAAGAUGGAUCAGCAAGAGUUCUCCAUAGCUAUGAAACUCAUCAAACUGAAGCUGCAAGGCCAACAGUUGCCUGUGGUUCUCCCUCCUAUUAUGAAACAACCCCCUAUGUUCUCUCCAUUAAUUUCUGCUCGUUUCGGAAUGGGGAGCAUGCCCAACCUGUCCAUUCCUCAGUCGUUGCCCGCCGUGGCACCUGGAGCGACACCCUUGUCCUCUGCGACUUCAGGGACCAGCCUUCCUCCCUUAAUGAUGCCUGCUCCCUUGGUGCCUUCUGUGAGCACAUCGUCAUUACCCAACGGAACCGCCAGUCUCAUUCAGCCUUUGUCCAUUCCUUAUUCUUCAUCAACCUUGCCUCAUACAUCAUCUUACAGUCUGAUGAUGGGAGGAUUUGGUGGUGCUAGUAUACAGAAGGCCCAGUCUCUGAUUGACUUAGGAUCUAGUAGCUCAACUUCCUCGACUGCUUCACUCUCAGGGAACUCCCCUAAGACUGGGACCUCGGAGUGGGCAGUUCCACAGCCUUCAAGAUUAAAGUAUCGGCAAAAAUUUAACAGUCUUGACAAAAGCAUGAGUGGUUACCUCUCAGGUUUUCAAGCAAGAAAUGCCCUUCUUCAGUCAAAUCUUUCUCAAACUCAGCUGGCUACUAUCUGGACUCUGGCUGACAUCGAUGGUGACGGACAACUGAAAGCUGAAGAGUUUAUCCUGGCAAUGCAUCUCACUGACAUGGCCAAAGCUGGACAGCCGCUACCACUGACUUUACCUCCGGAGCUCGUCCCUCCGUCUUUCAGAGGAGGAAAGCAAAUUGAUUCCAUUAAUGGAACUUUACCUUCAUACCAGAAAAUCCAAGAAGAGGAACCUCAGAAGAAAUUACCAGUGACUUUUGAGGACAAGCGGAAAGCCAACUACGAGCGAGGGAACAUGGAACUGGAGAAGCGACGCCAAGCCUUGAUGGAGCAGCAGCAGAGGGAGGCAGAACGUAAAGCCCAGAAAGAAAAGGAAGAGUGGGAACGGAAACAGAGAGAAUUACAAGAACAAGAAUGGAAGAAACAACUCGAAUUAGAAAAACGCUUGGAGAAACAGAGGGAAUUGGAGAGACAACGGGAGGAAGAAAGGAGAAAAGAGAUAGAAAGACGAGAGGCAGCAAAACAGGAACUUGAACGACAACGUCGUUUAGAAUGGGAGAGAAUUCGUCGACAGGAGCUUCUCAAUCAAAAGAACAGAGAACAAGAAGAAAUCGUCAGGUUAAACUCUAAAAAGAAGAGUCUUCACCUUGAGUUGGAAGUAUUGAAUGGCAAACAUCAGCAGAUCGCAGGUAGACUUCAAGAUGUCCGCCUCAGAAAACAAACACAAAAGACUGAGCUGGAAGUUCUGGAUAAGCAGUGUGACUUGGAAAUUAUGGAAAUCAAGCAACUUCAACAAGAACUUAAGGAAUAUCAAAAUAAGCUUAUUUAUCUGGUACCUGAGAAGCAAUUAUUAAAUGAGAGAAUUAAAAACAUGCAGUUCAGUAGCACACCUGAUUCAGGGAUUAGUUUACUUCAUAAAAAAUCAUUAGAAAAGGAAGAAUUAUGCCAAAGACUUAAAGAACAAUUAGAUGCUCUUGAAAAAGAAACUGCAUCUAAACUAUCAGAAAUGGAUUCAUUUAAUAAUCAACUAAAGUGUGGGAGUUUGGAUGACUCUGUUCUUCAGUGCCUUUUGUCUCUGCUAAGCUGUCUCAACAACCUCUUCCUCUUACUUAAGGAACUCAGAGAAAGCUACAAUACACAGCAGUUAGCCCUCGAACAACUUCAUAAGAUCAAACAUGACAAAUUGAAGGAAAUUGAAAAAAAAAGAUUAGAACUAAUACAGAAAAAGAAGCUAGAAGAUGAGGCUGCCAGGAAAGCAAAGCAAGGAAAAGAAAAUUUAUGGAAAGAAAGUCUUAGAAAAGAAGAAGAAGAAAAACAAAAGCGACUCCAGGAAGAGAAAACACAAGAAAAAAUUCAAGAAGAGGAACGGAAAGCUGAGGAGAAACAAUGUGAGACAACUAGUGCUUUGGCAAGUUACAGAGCGUUAUACCCCUUCGAAGCGAGGAACCAUGAUGAAAUGAGUUUUAAUUCUGGGGAUAUAAUUCAGGUUGAUGAAAAAACCAUAGGAGAACCUGGUUGGCUUUAUGGUAGUUUUCAAGGACAUUUUGGCUGGUUUCCAUGCAAUUAUGUAGAAAAGAUGCCAUCAAAUGCAAAAGCUUUGUCUCCUAAGAAGGCCUUACUUCCCCCUACAGUAUCUGUGUCCGCUACCUCAACUUCUUCUGAACCACUUUCUUCAACUCAACCAGCAUCAGUGACUGAGUAUCAAAAUGUAUCUCUUUCUAACCUAACUGUUAAUACAUCAUGGCAGAAAAAAUCAGCUUUUACUCGCACUGUGUCACCUGGAUCUGUGUCGCCUAUUCAUGGACAGGGACAGGUCGUAGAGAACCUGAAAGCCCAGGCCCUUUGUUCCUGGACUGCAAAGAAAGAUAACCACUUGAACUUCUCAAAGCAUGAUAUUAUUACUGUCUUGGAGCAGCAAGAAAAUUGGUGGUUUGGGGAGGUACAUGGAGGAAGAGGAUGGUUUCCCAAAUCCUACGUGAAGAUCCUCCCUGGAAGUGAAGUAAAGCGGGAAGAGCCAGAAGCUUUGUAUGCAGCUGUAAACAAGAAACCUACCUCCACAGCUUAUCCAGUUGGAGAAGAAUAUAUUGCACUUUAUCCAUAUUCAAGUGUAGAACCUGGAGAUUUAACUUUCACUGAAGGUGAAGAAAUAUUGGUGACUCAAAAGGAUGGAGAGUGGUGGACCGGAAGUAUUGGAGAUAGAACCGGAAUUUUUCCAUCAAACUAUGUCAAACCAAAAGAUCAAGAGAGUUUUGGGAGUGCUAGCAAAUCUGGAACAUCAAACAAAAAACCCGAGAUUGCCCAAGUAACUUCUGCGUAUGUUGCCUCUGGUUCUGAACAACUUAGCCUUGCACCAGGGCAGUUAAUAUUAAUUCUAAAGAAAAAUACAAGUGGGUGGUGGCAAGGGGAGUUACAGGCCAGAGGAAAAAAGCGACAGAAGGGAUGGUUUCCUGCCAGCCACGUUAAGCUUUUGGGUCCAAGUAGUGAAAGAACCACACCUGCCUUUCAUCCUGUAUGUCAGGUGAUCGCUAUGUAUGACUAUGUAGCAAAUAAUGCAGAUGAGCUCAACUUCUCCAAGGGACAACUAAUUAAUGUUAUGGACAAAGAUGACCCUGACUGGUGGCAAGGAGAAAUCAGCGGGGUGACUGGUCUCUUCCCUUCAAACUAUGUUAAGAUGACAACAGACGCAGAUCCGAGUCAACAGUGGUGUGCUGAUCUGCAAACCCUGGACACAAUGCAGCCAAUUGAGAGGAAAAGACAGGGCUACAUUCACGAGCUGAUUCAGACGGAAGAGUUUUUCAGAAACGGAUGGCAGAGUCAGGCUUCCUCACGGAAGGAGAAAUGGCCUUGAUCUUUGUGAACUGGAAAGAGCUCAUCAUGUCUAACACGAAGCUGCUGAAGGCCUUGCGAGUCCGGAAGAAGACCGGGGGUGAGAAGAUGCCCGUGCAGAUGAUUGGGGACAUCCUGGCGGCUGAGCUGUCCCAUAUGCAGGCCUACAUCCGGUUCUGCAGCUGUCAGCUUAAUGGAGCUGCUCUGUUACAGCAGAAGACAGAUGAAGACACGGACUUCAAAGAUUUCUUAAAGAAGCUGGCGUCUGACCCGCGUUGUAAAGGAAUGCCCCUUUCCAGCUGCCUGCGGAAGCCCAUGCAGAGGAUCACCCGCUACCCUCUGCUCAUCAGAAGUAUCCUGGAGAAUACCCCAGAGAGUCACGUGGACCAUUCCUCCCUAAAACUGGCCCUCGAGCAGGCAGAGGAGCUCUGCUCUCAGGUUAACGAGGGGGUUCGGGAGAAGGAGAACUCAGACCGACUGGAGUGGAUCCAGGCUCAUGUUCAGUGCGAAGGUCUCGCAGAGCAACUUAUUUUCAACUCCCUCACCAACUGCCUGGGGCCCCGGAAGCUUUUGCAUAGUGGGAAAUUAUACAAGACCAAGAGCAGUAAGGAGCUACACGGAUUCCUCUUCAAUGACUUCCUGCUUCUCACCUACAUGGUCAAGCAGUUUGCCGUUUCCUCCGGCUCUGAGAAACUUUUCAGCUCUAAGUCCAACGCCCAAUUCAAAAUGUACAAGACGCCCAUUUUCCUGAACGAGGUCUUGGUGAAGCUGCCCACAGACCCUUCCAGCGAUGAGCCCGUCUUCCACAUUUCCCACAUCGACCGGGUCUACACGCUCCGCACAGACAACAUUAACGAGAGGUCAGUCCCGGCCAGCUGUGGCUUGCCUGAAGCCUCGCAGGAAGCUGGACGCCCCCUCUCCUACACACCCUUCUCCACGGCCAAGUCCUACCAGCCCUGCGUCCUCACCAGUCUUAACAUGCACCCCGCCAGGCUUUGGCCACCUCUGAUCAGUGCCUCGCUUCUGUCUCCUCGUGGUGCUCCCACCUUCCGAAAUGGCAAAUCCGAGCCUCGGUCCCUGCUAGAGUCCUGUCAGGGACUGCCUCCAGUGACAGUCCCCGUCCUGGGCUGGUUUCCAAGACCCCGCUAUGCAGCCAGCCUCUCCCCAUCCCUCUUUCCCAUGAGCUUGCCCUCCAGCCCAACGCUGCCCUCCCAUGUACCUCUGUGUGCACAGCCACUUGCAUGGGGGCCUACGUGCCCAGCUGUCAUCCCAGUGCUCAUGUGCAUCUUCUUUCUGGAUCCCUGGCACCUUCCAGGUGCCUGGUAUUCUAUAAGCAAUCAAGAAUUGUCUAGAAAUUCUCAGCUUGAUCCUCAGUGAGUAACUGAGUCUUUU